UGCCGAGUUCCGCGUGAAUUGCAUGCACCUCUCACAUAUGCUGAGAAAAGAGGUGGAUGCAAAUCUCCUACAACAUCUGUCCGAACAUUAUGCAUCUAUCUCUUAAGGUCACUUUGCUGUGCACAUUGAUCAAAUGUCACCACAUGUUUUUACUCAUCAUCUCAAGGAAUUCAACUAAUACUAAAUGUAAUAAAAUACUGCUGACUCUAAAGGUUCAUAAAAUAUAUACGUUUUUAAUUAAACAGCGUGCUGCAGGACUCGGUAUGACAAACUAAAAAGAAUUCUGCAAACUGGUGAACAUUGAGCAUUAGCCUACAUUGAGUUAGCCAUAGUAACCUUUUUUGUUUUCAAAUAUAAAUAGGGCUACACUCAUACAUAAGUAAAUAACGAACACCAAAGGCUUGUGUGAAUUGUGUCCAUGCCUAACGUUAGAUCAGAAGAGCUCCAAAUAACUAAAUAUAGCAAGUCCAUAUACUAAUAUACCUAUAAUGCCAACGGCAGCUAAUAUCAUUCGUUUCUCCUGGAAAGAUACCAGUAAGUUCGGGUUGUGGUUGUAACCUACCAUGAAAAACAACAACAAAGAGCAGGACAGCAUGGUAACGUGAAGGCAGCGCAAGUGUUCAUGUUACUAUGGUAACCUGGGGCGUCAGUGCUGCUGGCACGUCGGACUGCAGUUUAGGUUAAUAACUUGUACACACUGUUGUAGCUAAAGACAAAUAAACCAGCCGUGAAAGAGACUUGAGACAUGGACAACUGCGAUUUGGAGAAGCUCUGUGUCUCUGGUGGGAAGCUCCAUCCAGCGUUCACACCCGAAGUUACAGAUUACAAAGUGACAGUGGAGAGCAGAGUCAGCAAAGUGACUCUGGGCCUGACCGCUAGUGACUGUGGGGCUUCGUACCGUAUUCUCUUUGGCGACGGUUCCAGCAGCAUUAAACUGAAUGAUGGGAUAAACAAAGUAGAAAUCGAGGUGGUAGCUGAGGAUGGCUCCAUGAAGAUGUACCAUGUGGAAAUCACCAGGCUGUCUGCAAAGAUUGCAGAACUCAGUAAUUUGGCACUGGAAGGAGAUAUUCCAUUUCAUCCUGCAUUUUGUUCCAAAAUCUUUGAAUAUAACAGUAUGGUUCCAUUUCAUUGCAAUGCUGUGACCCUGCUUCCCAAGGUGCCAGACAGAGACAUACAGAUUACAGUGAAUGGGGUAGACAGCUCACAACCAGUCCCUCUGAAUUUUGGAGACACUGUGGUAGAUGUCUCAGUCUGUUCAGCAGAUGGCAGUAAUUCACAGGUGUACACAAUGUUGGUGACUCGAGAGCUCAUUCCCAUGGCUGUAACCUUCACUGAUGAGAAGCAGCAGCUGGACUAUGAAUGCCCAGUAUCUCUGUCUGCUUUUUAUAGACCUGUAUCCAUCAACCACAGUGACCCAAAGCACAUCUUCUCAAGGCCUUAUAUUGAGAUGCUGGCGCGAAGAUCAAAAGUCGACCCACUUAGCGACUGUCUGCUGGGAGACGGCUGGAAGGUUGUUGAAUUGGACCUUGACAGGAAGAUGUCGGAUGCUCUGAUCAGGUGUUUCUUUACUUACAGAGGAUGCGACAGUGUGAUGAAAUUGUCUGAGCUGGGGUCACACUCACUGGACUGCCCACACAAGCCCACAGGGGACCUGGAUGCAAAGGAUGUCACAGAGACAAAUUGGUAUAAGAAGCACUUUGCAUCAUCAGGUUGUUGGGAGAGAGAGACUAAACACAGUUUGGAGGUGCGUAACUGGGAGGAAAGACUACAAAUGACAGCAGGAGAAGACAAUGUGGAUAAACUGUGCGCCGCGGCCCAGAAUCACCUGAAACUGUACCAGCAACACCUGCCAAAACCAGGGGAUAUGUUACAGUAUGAGAACGGCCAGUCUCCUCUGCAUAGCCUGGAGCAGGCUGCAGUCCACUAUGCAUCAGCUAUCAGACUCAGCUCCAGAGAUGCCAGACUCCACUUCCUGCUGGGUGUUGUUCUUGAGGAACACCACUUCGCUACAGAGAUGUACGGCCUCCAGAGGAAUGACAAGGCUGACAGAGACAGAGAUGAAUUUAGCGAUGCCAAAUCAACAGCACGUCAGGACGACAUCCUGGCUGUGUGCAAACUCCACGGUUUCCUCGGCAAGCCCACAGUGCAGAACCAGCUGCAGGCCUUGGAUCAGGAAUAUCAGCAGCUCAAAGAGCAGGGACAGUCCAGCAAAGCAGACUAUGUUCAGACACUCUACAUUUGGCUGUCCAAGAAAACUGGCAAGGAUAGCAGUGCAGCCGUGCGGGAUAAAGAGAACUGUGUCCACCGGGCACUGAUGAAGUACCAGGAUGCCUGGUCUCUGAGUCCUGACAGCUGGGAGUACAACCUUCAUGUAGGAAGGCUGCUGCUGUUGCAGGGGAGGAGCAGGGAAGCCCUGCAGCACUUCCAGAGCGGCCUGGCGCUGCAGCCCCUAAAACCUGCACUCAGAUUCUUCACAGGGCUGGCUCUGCUGCAGCAGGAGCAGAAAGCCUCUGAGGACACAGAGAAGGAGGCUGCUCUGUUCUUACUACAGGGACUGGAGCACUUUGUCAGCCAGCGCUGCAGCAAGAGCUGGGUGGAGAAGGAUCCAUCAGACCCUCUGUCCAACCUCAGCACACAGUUCCUGCGAGGCCUUCUCACUCUGGGCCACCUACAGCAGAGAAACACACUGUCUGAGAAGGCCAUGAGUGCAGAACAGGUCUAUCACACUCUAGCAGUGCUGACUGCCCAGAGUGUGAGUCAGUGUGUGUGUCGUGGCGAAGUGAGCUGGCAGCUGGAGUGGGUGCUCCUAGAUGCUCAGUUUGCCCUGCUGCACAGGCUGAUCCAGCACGGUGAGUGCCAGGCCAAGCCUGGCAUCGAGAGGCAAUCCCUGGUAGCAAAGAGAUGUCAGGCCCUAACAGCACUCAUACGCCUCACCUCUAUUGCCCCCUGUCAAGAGCUGCUGGACAUGCAGGAGAGGGCAUGCCAGCUAGCAGUGGUGACCACACCACGGGACAGCCACGCCCUGUGUCUCUUGGGUCUGGCGCAGUUGUCUCAACAUGACAACAACCCAAAUUCAGACGGGUCAAAAGAAGCCAUAACUGACGCCUGCCUCAGCUUCCAGGCCAGCAUUGAGCUGGAACACAAGACUCAGAGUGGAGAGUCACCUGAACAGCUGAGCAAACAAAAGUGGUGGCAGGACCGGCAGGAGGUCGAAAAUGAGAAAGCUACCAAGCAGUCCAUCAGUCAACCAGCGGGAGUGAAGAGGCCCUCUGACACCAGUGUAGCCAACAGAGGAGCUAACCGGGGCAGGGGAGGGCCUGGUCAAGGGUGUGUGGCAGCAGCUGUAAACAAAGGUUUCGCUACUCUUCCCCCAGCCCUCAUCAGGGGAGGGAAAGCUGCCCGGCUUCCAGCCAAAACGCCCACAGCCAGGGGGAGAGCUGGAGCAGCAGCCAAGCCAGAUAAAUCAGCUAUACUUUCCAACAAUGGUACUAAACCCCAGCUCCCUGCCAACAAGUCCAAACAGGACUGUUGCCCUGAUACUGUCAAGACAGCAGAGGAGCCUGCUGUGGCAGACAGAGAGAAAGUCCCCAGUCUGGUGAACCGCAGGUCUCAUAUCUCACGGCUGGGUCUUGCCCGUGCCCUCUCCCGCUCUGCAGACACCCAGGAACAAGCAAAGCAGCUCUACCAAGAGGUCAUCUCCAUGGCACCAGGGGUCCACGAUGCCUACAUUGAACUUGUGCAGUUGCUGGAGCCGUCAGACCCUCAGGCUGCAGUGGAGGUGUACUGCAGAUUCCCUCUGAAGCCUGUGGCCGAGCAAAGCUUUGAUGAUGCCUUCAUCACAGGAGAGAUCGUCCGCAUGCUGAUGGCGCAGGAGCAGUACAACCAUCCGCAGCUGGGCCCCAGCCUCGUGGCAUAUGGCAAAGUCAUGGGCCUAAGUUGCAUAGACAAAUACAUCGACAUCUUGGAUGGAAAGUCCAUGACCAAGCUGCUGAAGAGUAUCUACGCGAGAAUCCAUGACAGACAGGAGGACAAUGAGGACCUGCAGGAUUUCUUCAAGUUCAAAUGCUGGAUAUGAGAAGGCUUGUAAAUGCCUGUGUUUAUCUUUUUGAAUCCUUAGGUCACAGUUUGCUUAGAAAGAUAUUUUGGGCUGAUAAAACACUAUCAGCUCUCCAUAGAUACAGAAAUCCUCUUGACUUUACCUACACCUGCUGUUAUAGAUGAGCCAUUCAUAUCGGACAGACGACACUGAGAACAUGUUCAUCUUUUUUCCAAAGGCACAUGUAAUUUGAAAACAGAGUUCUCAAUAAAAUGACAUAUCAAAAGUGAGAAUGGAACUCAACAACGUUCACCAAUAGUGCAACAAAAGAAAGGUGUUUCAGUGAGCAUCCUACAAAAAUGGAAAGAUAGAUAGAAAAAAAUAAAUCUUGAUCCCCAAAAUGUUA